AACCAAACCAAAGUACCAAACGACGCUGCGCUCCCGUUCCCCCGUCACAAACACACACACUGCGGAGAGGACCGCAACGCGAGCCCACCCCAGGCCGAACGCCGAGAGCGAUCCCUCCCGUCCGUGUUGCCCUUUGCGCUCCGCCUUCCUCCUCUUCCACCCCGUCACUUCCGUGCCAUCCGCGGCUCGCCUCCCCACCCCCCAUUCCCGCCGCCCCAUGCCUCCGGCUCGACCGUAGCCGCCCGACGACGACCGCCAUGGCCGCCGAUUCCGGCAGCGGUGCCCGCCGUUCCCCCCCUUAAUCCUUGAUUGGUCCGUCCCGAUUCGAUUUCUGUCGAUCGUUCGCUGAGGGAUCGCUCACCUUGAGUUGCCCACAGGGAUGGCCGGCCUGGAGAUCGGGCCGGCGUCGCCGGGCUCGGAGGGGGCGCCAUCGCCGGCGUCGAGCGUGGGCGCCUCCGUGGAGCGGCCCGAGCAGUCGUCGCCGCGGGUGACCAAGCGCCCAGGCCUCGUCAUGUCCUUCUCCGGGAAGCGGCUGGACCAGUCGCCGGCCGGGUCGCCGUCGCCGUCGCCGUCGCUGUCGCGCCCGGUGCUGGUCAUGUCCCACUCCAGCAACCGCCUCGACCAGUCGCCCGCGCGCCCGGUGCUCGUCAUGUCCCGCUCCAGCAACCGGCUGGACCAGUCCUCCCCGGCGUCGUCGCCGGCGCCAGUGAAGGCGCCCGUGCUGGUCAUGUCAGGCUCCAGCAAUCGGCUUGACAGCUCGCAUCCGUCGCCGUCGCCGUCGCCGUCGCCGACCGCCGCGGCCGCCGCUGCGCCGGUUCUGGUGCUCUCCAACUCCGGCAAGCGGAUGGACCAGGUGGGGCGGAAGAAGUACGUCAAGCAGGUGACGGGCCGCCACAACGAUACGGAGCUCCACCUCGCCGCGCAGCGCGGGGACCUCGAGGCCGUGCGCCAGAUCAUCGCCGAGAUUGACGCCCAAAUGACCGGCACCGGCGAGGAGUUUGACAACGAGGUCGCCGAGAUCCGCGCCGCUAUAGUGAACGAGGCCAACGAGAUGGAGGCGACCGCGCUGCUCAUCGCCGCCGAGAAGGGGUUUCUUGACAUCGUCGUCGAGCUGCUCAAGCACUCCGACAAGGACAGCCUCACCAGGAAGAACAAGUCCGGAUUCGAUGCUCUGCACGUCGCUGCAAAAGAGGGCCACAGAGAUAUUGUCAAGGUACUUCUGGACCAUGAUCCAUCCCUUGGGAAAACGUUUGGCCAAUCGAAUGUGACUCCUCUCAUAACUGCGGCGAUUAGAGGCCACACUGAGGUGGUGAACCUACUGCUGGAGCGAGUUUCUGGGUUGGUUGAGUUAUCAAAAGCGAAUGGAAAGAAUGCCUUGCACUUUGCUGCCCGGCAGGGGCAUGUGGAAAUCGUGAAGGCUUUGCUAGAUGCUGAUACCCAGCUUGCUCGGAGGACUGAUAAGAAAGGCCAGACUGCUCUACACAUGGCAGUAAAAGGUACUAACCCGGAAGUUGUUCAAGCGCUUGUGAAUGCCGAUCCGGCAAUAGUCAUGCUACCUGACAGAAAUGGCAACUUAGCUCUGCAUGUUGCAACCAGAAAGAAAAGAUCAGAGAUUGUAAACGUGCUUCUGCUUCUCCCGGAUAUGAACGUGAAUGCGUUGACUAGGGACCGGAAGACCGCAUUCGACAUCGCCGAGGGCCUCCCACUAUCAGAGGAGUCCCAAGAAAUAAAGGAGUGCUUGUCCCGCGCUGGCGCGGUCAGAGCAAAUGAGCUGAAUCAGCCUCGGGAUGAGCUCAGAAAAACAGUUACAGAGAUCAAGAAGGACGUGCAUACUCAGCUUGAGCAGGCGAGAAAAACCAACAAGAAUGUCUACGGCAUCGCGAAGGAGCUAAGGAAACUCCACAGGGAGGGCAUCAACAACGCGACGAAUUCAGUCACGGUCGUGGCGGUGCUCUUCGCCACAGUGGCGUUCGCCGCAAUCUUCACGGUGCCCGGCGGCAACACCGACGACGGCGUAGCGGUGGCCGUGCACGCGACAUCCUUCAAGGUGUUCUUCAUCUUCAACGCCGUCGCCCUCUUCACGUCGCUAGCGGUGGUGGUGGUCCAGAUAACGGUGGUCAGGGGCGAGACCAAGGCGGAGAGGCGGGUGGUGGGGGUCAUCAACAAGCUGAUGUGGCUGGCCUCGGUGUGCACGACGGUCGCGUUCAUAUCCUCCUCGUACAUCGUGGUGGGGCGGCACUUCAAGUGGGCGGCGCUCCUGGUGACCCUGAUCGGCGGGGUGAUCAUGGCCGGCGUGCUCGGCACGAUGACGUACUACGUGGUGAAGUCCAAGCGCGUGCGCAAGAUCAGGAAGAAGGUGAAGUCGACGAGGAGGAGCGGCUCGAACUCGUGGCACCACAACUCGGAGCUCUCGGAUUCGGAGGUCGACCGCAUCUACGCCAUAUGAGGGGGCCGGUGCAGCUGGUUCCUUCCUUCAGACCGUCUGGCCGUGAUGCAGCACGGAUGCAUACUGUAAACAUCGAAUCACGGCCCUUGAGAUGGAGAUGCGCUAGGGGGUGGUUAACUCUGUACAUUCCAAUAAGCUGGUGUAAACUGCCAUUCCCCUUGUUCAUGGAUCGGGCGGGAGGCGACUGUCUUGGCUGUAUACUACUCACAGAUAGAUUUGUCAUCAGGUUAUAUAUAGUGUAUUAUAUAUGUGCAGCCUGCUGUGU